AUGGCCGUAGUGUUAGGGACUCCUGUUCCAGCCAAUUUGCAAUUUAAGGCCACCAAAUUUGCACCUUCUAACACUUUUUCUACUAUAGUGCCCACCUACACUCCCACGUACGCUCCUGCUGCCGAGAAGCCCAAAGAAGUCAAGAUAAUGUUCAAUAACCAAGAUGCCGUCGCUGCUGCUUCGGUGGAAACCCGUCGCACGUAUAAUAACCCAUCGGAGGGCCCAUCCCUGGAGCACAAUCACUAUGCGUUAUUAUAG